AUGGAUGUAGAUGCUCCGAACAUAUUGAAGAGGUGCAGCAGUGCACCGUUGAUCAAUGAGGCAGCUUCCACUACAGCCACAUCGCCUACAACUAGCACUGCACCCAGGAACACAUUUUUCAGUAUGCUGUCAAAUAACAAUUUAUCAAGGAUGCGGAGAUACAGUGGAAGCAGCUUCAGCCCAUUAUCAGCACCAGUCAAUGUAACUCAAAACUCAUGGACGCCGCGGUUGACGCCGCGAGUGAACCAACUGCGGGCGGAGGAGUGCGCCGACGUUAGCAACACGCGCGAAGUGGCGCACGAACGAGAGGUCCACACCGCCAUGCAAAUGGGCCAGUCCUGCGAGGACAUCCUCACGCUGGUGGCCGGCCCGCCGCAGUCCCCCACCAGGCUACACAGGUACACACCCGCGCUACUGUAUCACGUGAUCAUAGUGGCAGCAGCACGAGCGGGAGGGCCACACCGCCAUGCAGAUGGGCCAGUCCUGCGAGAACAUCCUCACGCUGGUGGCCGGCCCGCCGCAGUCCUCCAACAGGCUACACAGCAGCACGAGCGGGAGGGCCACACCGCCAUGCAGAUGGGCCAGUCCUGCGAGGACAUCCUCACGCUGGUGGCCGGCCCGCCGCAGUCCUCCAACAGGCUACACAGUCCCGUUGGCCGCGGGGGCUUAGGUUGUAAACGGAAGGGGGAGGAAGGCACAGAGCCCCGAAGUAAACGAGCCUGCCACUCCCAUGCCCCCCCCACCCCACCCACCCCCGACUCGGACUCGUUAGACUGCACCUUCCGCCCCGUCUCGCCCCGCGCGCGCCCCAUGCCCGACUCGCCCCACUACCCCACCGACCCUAAAACUCCUGAUCCCAGUUAA